AUGAAAAGACGCGAACCUUGGGAUUCUGGGUGUAAAAUCGAUGCUGAUUGGCUCAGGAGAAAGCAAACGAUUAGUCAUACUGUUAACACGGCCCUCAAGGGUGAUCUUGAUCACCCCGUCUCUUCCGCCAUCUCGGCGCCUUCUCCACAGUUCCACUCGCGGGACACGCGCCUCAUCCGUGAAUCGCGUCUGGCUCCCUCACUACUCUUGUCCUCUCCGCCAUCGGGAGACUCGAGUCCGUCGACCGCUGGUUCACCCGGUCAACGAACCUCUCCGCGGAGCAUAACUCUCGAACCCCCGCCUCUCCCAUUCCUAUCCUCAUAUCGCGGAACCGAGGAAUCUGGGCCCUCUUCGCCAGUCAAUCGUAGGGCGGAAAGCAGCAUCUACUACACCACCGCGUGGGGAUCCCCAUAUGCAGCACCUAGCACUCGGAGACUGUCAGUGACCAAUAGCCAAAUCGAAUUCGCUGGGGUUGACCACGGAUCUGGUCCCAGCUCGCCUGUCUCGUCAGUAGCAAACCACACCGAGUUGCGGAGAUUAAGUGCCGCCGACGACGACACACUUGAACCCGUCGAGCGCGAUUUUGCCGCCAGUAACGGAGAGAAAUCGAUACGGGACUUUACGCAGGAUUGGAUCAACCAGUACCUUACUGGUCAACCUAGAACGGAGCGCAGCAAUUGGCUCAGCGACGACUCAGGAAGUGAAGCACCGUCGUUCAUAACUGCGAGGAAUCACUUUGCCGACGACGCUUCGGACGACUGGCUUGGUCUGGAAGACGACUUUCGUUCCGACGAUCUGUUGAAAACUCCAACGCUCUCUGAUUUCGUCGGGAAAAAAGCCGCCGCGCGAGCAAAAGUCAACAAAACUUUGCACAAACGCGCUGAUACCUUGCGACAGGAGGACUUUUGGGGUUUCGCUUACGAUAAAGACCCUCCACAAAACAUCAUGUCAGACUCAAAUACACCUACCGUCGAGGUAAACUCGCCGGUAAAAAGCCGUUACCUCCUCCACCCGCAAACGCAACGGAGGAGACUGCAAAGAUGGAAGAUCCAGGUCCAUUAA